AUGUCAACAAAACAAGUCCCCACCCUAACUCUCUCCGGCGCCCGCACCGCCCUCGUGGCCGCUGAAUCCCGCGCCCAAGAAAUCGGGAUCCCAAUGAACAUCGCCGUCGUUGACAACGCAUGCCACUUGCUCGCCUUUGCCCGCAUGGAAGGCGCCAAAUUCACAUCCAUCAACACUGCCAUUGACAAGGCUUACACGGCUGCUGGUCACCGCGCCCCAACGUCCGUGUACAAGGACGCGGUCUGGCCUGGUGGCCCGGCGUAUGGAAUCAACCACAGUAACGGUGGGCGCUUUAUGACGAUUGCGGGCGGUGUGCCUAUUAAGAAGGAUGGGUUUGUUCUGGGGGCCAUUGGGUGCAGUACGGGGUUGCCGAGUCAGGAUGAGGAUGUUGCGAAGAGGGGGGUUGAGGCUGUGGAGAAGAGUUUUGGGGUCAAGGCGAAAUUGUAGAUGGAUGGGGGUUAUUUUUCGCGCGAUGAUGUGCCGCGACAGUCGUGUUUCGUGUCUUGUUACUUUCUUCGUGGUUUCCGUGAUGGUAGGUAACAUCUCCCUCGGACUUCACCAAUUUGACGAUGUGACAGAACUGAACUGGAGAUU